AUGAUUUCAAGAAAAUUGCCCUUUUUGGUUACGGUCGCCUUAUUUUGUAUGAUCUUUAUAGGAUUAACUCAAACCGCCUCAUUGAAUAAACGUCAAGGCGAUAUCUGUUUCGCUGACUUUGCUGACGGGGUUGAUGGUUUAUAUACAUUUACUGAUUUUGGAGGCCCAUUCAAACUUAAGAAAAGAUCAAUUAUGCAUCGUGUUAAUGGACAAUUUACUAAAGGAUUCGAAAAAGAUACGGAUAUCAACAAUUAUGAAUUUUUUAUUAUGACUAGUGUUCCGAAAGGGUCGAGUCGGGUCGGGUUUGAGGAUGUAUUCGAACUUGACCCGAGUAUAAAAACCAACCCGUACAAAUACCCGGGUUAAUAUUUACAUGACCCGACCUCUGACCCGACCCGAUAUAGUUUAACCCCCGGAUAACCCGGGUCCAAAUAAAAUUUUCAGAUAUUUUAUAAUUUUUUAAAUCCUCCUUACGCCCAGCCUGAUUUCAAACAUAUACACGCGUGAUUUGUAUUUGGUUUUAGAUUGCAUCUUUUGGCCGGUUCCUCCAGAAAAAAUCUUCAACUGUAACACUUUCAAUUACAGUAGAACAUCUUGAUUUCGAUCUG